AUGUGGGAUGCCAACCUCAUAGAGCUGAACCUGGCCUGUAACCAGAUAUGCAAGAUCGGUGCGGCGGCGUUCGACGAUAUCAAGGACACGCUGCAGAGCCUGGUUCUCGACAACAACUGUCUUAAGGACAUCCCCGCCGAGGGUCUGCGCAACUUCAAGAAUCUGCUAGCGCUGCACCUGAAGCAUAACCAAAUCACGUCAGUUGACAAACUGCAACUGAUGAACCUGAUGAGUUUGCUGAUGGUGCGCCUGUCGAACAACCGCAUCACCAGGAUCGACCGCAACGGCUUCAACAAUGUGCCAAACCUGCGCUACCUGUUCCUCGAUCACAACGAGUUGAGCGUCGUAGAGCCGAAGUCGUUGCACCAGUUCAAGUACCUAGAAAUAGUGGACCUGAGUUACAACAAUAUCGUUGAGGUGCCGGACGGUGCGUUCCAAGACCUUGAGAACCUGAUGCAGCUGAACCUCGAAGGCAACCUCAUUCAGGACAUCGCACCGAACGCCUUCUCUAAGAGUCCGUUACUCGUGCUGCUGCUCGGCCACAACUGCUUGAACACUGUCAGCUACCAUAUGUUCCAGGGUAUUCCGUUCCUGAAGCAACUGUCACUGGCCAACAACAACAUCAAAGUCAUACAGCCGUUCACGUUCGUCGUUCUACCAAAUAUCCACCUUGUGGACCUGUCGCAUAACCAACUUGACAAUCUAAUCCCGGUGGCCGUGGCACCGACCAACAAGGUGACCGUUCUCUUGAGAGAAAAUCCACUAGUCUGUGGAGAAAACAGUUUCCAUGUGAUUCAGAACAGUUCUCCAACGUUACUGCUUGACGAACCAAACAUGGUCUGCAAGGAGAAGGACAAAAAGUGGAAAGAGAAAUGUCCCAACAGAAAGCGCCUGCUAAGUCGGUAA